AUUAUUCACAAUUCCCAUUUAUUUGUAAUUAUAAAACAGUGCCAAUAAAAACGAUAGUUUUAGCAUAAGUAAGCAUCUAUUCUCUUUGGAUCUCUAGAAAUAUUACUGUAAUUUCAGAUCAAAUGUGACAUUAAAGCGACUAACUUUUAUCAAAUGGUUUUCUGUUUACUUUAAAAUAUCAAAGUUUUGUAAAAUUUCCAAUGAUGAGAAUACACAUUUAUAAAAAUAGCAUAUUAUAAGAUUGAAUGAGAAAAGGUUGGCAACAGGUUGUCUGUUAGUCCAUACCUUUAAAAUACUGAUACUAUCUAUCAGAAAUUCUCACAUGGUAAAUGAAUUCAAAUUCUACGUUUCCUGGGUCUAGUUGUAAAGAAGUACUGAAAUCAUUCUGCCGAUGGACCAGUGUACGUGGAUUACAACAUUUAUUACGCUCAGAACACCCAUUACUACGAACUAUUUGGGCUAUAUUCGUAGCUCUAAUGUGUUUAGCUAAUAUUGGUUUAGUUACUUUGCUCUUGAUACAUUACUAUCAAUUUAAUACAAUUGAAAAUAUACGUACUCUACGCGGAAUUCACGUAGCCUUUCCACAUAUCACUUUGUGCAAUGUUGAUCCAGUCAAUUCAUAUCGUGUACAUUGUUUACAAAAUCCUAGUUCAAAAUAUUGUAAUAUCAACCCGAAAUAUUCAAAUAUUUUAACUAAAUAUCAAGAAGCCAAUCGAUACUUUAAGACAUACAAAGGUUCAACUAUCUGGCAUAAAUUAGAAGAUCCAAGUAUGGUGGCAAUAUUUUAUCAAUUAAUAGGUAUGGAAGCAGCCAUACAAAUUGGUCAUCAAAUUGAUGAUUUUAUUAUACCAAUUUUUUGUGAAGUGACCACAAGGGAAAAAGGUGGAAUAUUGAUGAAACGAAAAUGUGAAGAAGCUGGGAUUCAAGGUCUGCAUUUAAUUACCUAUAAAUACUUCAACUGUUAUACCUUAUCAAUGGAAGAUAUUCACAUAAGUCACAAUGCUGUUCGACUGUCAAUGAUAUUAUAUUUGGAUGAAGAAGAAGAUUUAAAUUGUCGACCCUAUUGUACACAUGAAUUUACAGAAUGGGCUGGAAGUAAAAUUGUUGUUCAUUCACCCAGUUCAUAUCCUGACAUUGAAGCAUCUGCCUUGAAUUUAUUACCAGGAGCCUCGAACCAAAUUCUUAUCGAUGGUAUGCAUCGCAUCGAAAAAAAGAAUAUGGUAUCAAAACCAUGUGAAAAUAAUGAGCGAAAUUUUUCCAUUGUCUAUUUCGAUCAUGCCCAACAAGUAUUUAAUCAACGAACUAUGGGUUAUACGGAUACAUUAUGUAUACAGUUGUUAAUACAAAGUGCAACAAUGGAAGAAUGUCACUGUAUUGAUUUUCUGAUGCCUAUACCUGGUACACGAAUGGAUCUAGUUAAUCAGUUACCAUUCUGUGGUAAUUUAUCUCGCUCCACUGUUAAUGAAAGUCUUGAUUGUAGUCAACAGGUGAGACAAAAGAACUCAAAGUAUUUCCAUCUUCUAUGCCCGAUCCCAUGUGUACAAAUGCAAUAUAAUUAUGAAUUGACUCAGUUAAGAUGGCCACAAAAGCCACGUAUAUUAAAUUAUUAUGCUCAGUUGAAAGAUCGUUUCGAUUAUAACCGAAAAUUCGAUAUUUAUGAAAAGAUUGAAGAAAUCUCUAUGGUCAAUGCAACACAAGCUUUAACAAUGCUUCAAGACACGGAUAUAUUUGAAAAAAAUUUUCUACAUGUUGAUGUUAAUCGUCCAAAUUUUGAUACAUUAAUGUCUUAUAGAGAAAAUGAAGAAUACACCUUACCAACAUUAUUAAGUCAAAUUGGUGGAAUUUGUAGUAUAUUUUUAAGUUUCACUUGUGUUACAGUAUUAGAAUUAAUUGAAUUAUUAUGUAGAUUAAUUAUUAUUGUCUGUCCAAGAUUUUUAACUAUUUCUAAAAAUACAAUACAUUAUAUAAAUAGGAAAACUUUAAAAUUACAUCAUCCUAUAACUAUUAAUAGUACUAAUAACAAUAAUAACCCUAUAUUAAUUGAAACCACAAAUAACUUAUCAACAAUUUUAUAUAAAAAGCAUCAAAAUCACAAACAUUGUGAUGAUUGUUGUAAUUAUAAAAAUGAUAAUAAUGAAAUGAAUUAUUUAAAAGAAAUGUUACUUACUACUAAAACGAAUUAUAGUAGCAAUAGUAAUAUAAAUAAUAAUAAUAACAUUAAACUUGGAGGACAAUGUUAUGUUGGUUUAACUAAUUAUGAAAUAAAAAAAUAUAUCGCUGAUAAUUUUAUACAAAUACAUGAACCCGAUGAUAAUUACAAUUUAUAUAAGUCUAAAAUACAAUUUUUUAAUUCAAAUUAUAAAAAUACAAAUCAGCCAAUCUAUAAUUUAGAUCAUUCAUUACAUAAUCCAUCAAAUAUUUUAAAUCAAAAUAAUCAAUCAAUAAAUUAUAAAAAUGUAUUCAAUAGUUUAAAUAUUUAUAAAUCAAUAACUAAUCGAAAUUCAUUAAUUCUGCCAACAAUCAGAACAACAACGGUAACAACAACAAAAAGUAUAAUUAAAUCGAAAUCAUUUCCUGACUUAUUUUUAUUACAUAAUAAGUUCAAUUAAUAAUAAUGAAUAAAGAUGAUAAUAAUUGAUGAAUUUAUUAAUUUUUCAUUUUUAUUUGUUUUAAAAAAAAAGAUAAUAAUGAUAUUGUUUCUAAUAUUCAUUUACACAUAAUGAUAAAUGUUCCGAUAAAGAAUGGAAUUUUAUAAAUUAUAAUUCUAAAAUGUAUGAAUUACAUUAUUACUUUUGAUAUAGCUCAAAUGUAUAAUUUAAUAACUUGUAUAUAAUUAAUAUUUUAUGACAGUUAUUUAUGAUAUUAUCAAUGAAUCAUAAUUUAUAAUUAAUCACCAUGUAAACUUAAAUGAAACAUAAAAAGAUGAAUAAUAUGAAACUAUCUCAGGUUUACUUUAUCAUUUAAAAUUCCGUUUUUUUUAAAUGGUUUUUGGAUUGUUUACCAUUAGAUUCAUUGAAAUAACUUUCUAAAUCAAUGCUUAUAGAUAAAAAAAAAAUUGUUUGAUUGAUUUCGUUGAGUAAUUGUAUAAAAUAUUUCAUUAUCAAUAAUUAUUUACAUUAAUUGUUUAUGGUAACUAAAACAAAAAUAAUCACAAUGAAUUAACUAAAUCAUUAUUGUAGUGAUCCAAUUCAUGUUGAUCAUAAAGUAAAUCACUAUUCUUUUUUUGUAUAAAACAGUUAACAUCCAAUUAAAUUUUCAGAUCAUUCACCUUUCUAGUAAGUUUUAUUCUUUUUUUUCAAUUAUUUCAAUAUGUAAUAAUAUUUUUUUGAUUAGAAAUCGGAAUACGAAUCAGUCAUGUUU